AUGACGCCGGGUUCCCUGUGCCAACGAUUCGGUCGUCACGACAGCGUUUUAUACGUGCCAUCGGUGCCUACAAACGACACCAUGGACCUUGAGCGGAUCAUACUGGUGAACGAACCCCACGUGGAGAGGAGCCUACACGUGAGCCUGGAUGAAGGGGCCAGCUUUCAGAGGACACGAGUGACCUUCAGCCUGCAGAGCCUCCUCUUCCACCCGCACAUGGAAGACUGGUUGCUGGCCUACAGCCAGGAUGGAAAGCUGUACGUGUCAAUGGAACUCGGAAGAGACUGGCAUUUGUUGCAAGAACGGGUGUCAGAUGGCCGAUAUUACUGGGCUGUUCCUGAUAUCGACAAGGAUCAUGAGCUCGUGCACAUGGAGGUACAAGGCGCAGAUGGUGAAUUUUACUACGUGACUUGUCCCAUUUCAAACUGCACCGACGCGGCCCUCUUCUCGCCCUUUCCUGGAGCCAUCGACCAGAACUCGCUUCUCGUUGAGAACCACUACGUCUUUGUGCAGGUGACAGAUGGACACAUAGCCCGGUAUUAUGUCUCUCAUGGGCGGAGGCAAUUCCGGCAGAUGCUGUUCCCCAAGUACGCCUUGCCUAGGGACCUGCACAUCUUGAGCACGGGCGGAGAAGGCGUAUUUGCAGCAGCGCGAGACUGGAAUCAGAACCAGACAUACGGACUCUACUUUUCGGAUGAGCGUGGCGACAGACUGACCCUGUCUCUAGCCAACGUUGCCUGCAGUGAUAUCCCGAGUGCUCCCAAGAUCAUAAACGUGCAUGAGGUUAAUGGAUUAAGAGGAGUGUUCCUGGCGAAUCAGAAGCAGGCUGCCGAGGUGAAAACGUACGUUACGUACAACAGGGGACGAGACUGGAGGCUUCUGGCAGCUCCUGCCACAGAUCUGCUCGAGAGGCCCACACACUGCCUGCUGCCCGCGUGCUCACUGCACCUGCACCUUCACUCCUCUGGAGACACCGUUUUGGCAGGGAAGGUCGUAUCUAUGGCCACAGCUCCUGGCCUACUCAUGGCCACUGGAAAUUUGGGAGCCGGAUUGGUCGAGUACGAAGAAAAAAUGUUCGUCUCCUCUGAUGGUGGAAAUACAUGGAGUCAGGCAUUCGAUGAUGAACAUCAUAUUCUCUUCUUGGAUCAUGGAGGAGCGAUCAUUGCCGUCAAGGACACGGCAAUGCCCAUAAAGCAGCUUUGGUACAGCGUGGAUGAAGGCAUCUCCUGGAAAGUCCACGACUUUUCUCCCACUCCCAUCUACAUUGACGGGCUGCUCAGCGAGCCCGGCGAUGAAACACUCGUCAUCACGAUGUUUGGGCACGCGAGCCUCCGCUCGGAUUGGGAGCUGGUGAAGAUCGACUUCCGGACCCUUUUCUUCCAUGACUGCUCAGACGAGGAUUAUGAGAACUGGACAUUUCACAACCAAGACGAAGCCUGCAUCAUGGGAGAGGUGCACGAGUACCGGAAGCGCAAACUGUCGUCACUCUGCAUCAACGGCAAGAGUUUUAACAAGAGGUUGAAAUCCAAUCUCUGCCUGUGCAAGGAUUCUGACUUUGAGUGCGAUUACGGUUUUGAACGCUACCCGGAUGGUUCCUGCAGACCGGCCUUUUGGCACAACCCUGCUUCCACCCCAACCGAGUGCCCCGGGGACACCUACACCAACAGUUCAGGGUACAGGAAGAUGGUGUCCAACACGUGCGUGUCAGGCCUGGAGGUGCACUACGAGUCCACGGUGCUGGCGUGCCCCGUGAUGCCCCCUCGCGGCCUCAGCAUCGUGACUGUGGGAGGGAAGCUGGUGGUCAGUCCCGGAGACAAUGUCACCUUCUACGUGCUGCAGGAGAAGGGAGACACGGCCACCACGAAGUACUUUGUGGACCUGGGUGACGGCUUCAAGGCGAUUUACGUGAACCUCACGCUACGCGAGGAGCCGGUCCUGCACCGCUACCGCGAGCCUGGCGUCUACCGCGUGGUGGUGCGCGCAGAGAACUCCGGUGGCUGGGAACAGUCACAACUCUACAUCCAAGUGCUGCGUAAGGAGACAGCCCCUGUCAAGCGUGUACCUGUCUAUGCCCCCGUGGUGAAGCGUAACCAGCUCUUCAACGUGUUUACGCACAUCACCCCUGCCGACAGCCAAGGAAUGGUCUUCUCUUGGUGGCUGGGGAACAGUUCACAGGUGGCAGCACUCCUACACUCGCACACCUCGUUACAGACACAGCAUGCGGCUUGGUGCACACGAAAUGAAACUACAAAUCCAGCUGCCAGUCACAUCUCGGAGGAGCAGGUCAUCACAGACGUGCCCCUGGGCUUCCCCACACACGUGGACGUGUACGCAGUGCCACGCCGUGAUGAACCGCGGAGGAGGAGGAGACGCAGCAGCCACGGAGCUGAAGUCGAACAGUCCAGCACCCGGGCCUCUUCUGCCUGUGGGCUUUUGAUACAUUUUCACCGCCGCACACUUGAUAGCUAUGCCACUGUGGGCACCUUUUACUAUGUAGCGCUAGCGUGGGUUAUCAAUGUGCGGGCAUAUAUGUUGGUUGUCUGGGUCUAUGAAUCACUUGUGUCGGUUGUGAAGAGAAACUUGGUGAAAUUCAAUCUUAAUCCGGAAGUAAAAAUCACAGUAGUUGCCGUAGCAGGCUUCCAGCAGCCGGGCUCGGGGCCAGGUGUUACGCUUGUGCUGCUUGUGCUCUGCCUGGCCUUUCUUGGCCUUUUAAUCUACAUCAUCUACAGGUUCAAAAGGAAACUGGUCGGAGGAAACGUCUAUGCGCAAAUGCACAACGAGAAGGAGCAGGAUGUGGCCACGCCAGGGGAGGUGGCCACCGUUAUCCAAAACGAGGCACUGCACAACCAGGAGGAGUUCAUUGACGAUGAUUUGGACUCACAGACACUAGGUAGCGUCGCAGGAAACCACAGCACUCACGUCGUGCUAGGCCUUCACGCCAGGGAAGCAAACAGCUACGUGAGCAGCUAA